UUAUAUAUUUCAUCUGAUACGUACUGUGGACAUCUCGUAUAUAUAUAUGCUAUAUACUUCCCAAACUUAUAACCACUUAAUAACGAGAUCUGAAAAUAGAAAACCGUUUGGAAGGAAAAAAAUUGAAAAUGGAGUUUCAAACUAACUUCUUUUCUGAAAACCAAAGUCAAGACUCUUCUACCACAACAUCAUGGAGCUCACAAGAAUCAUUCUUGUGGGAAGAUAAUUUCUUACAUGAUCAAUCAUUCCUCUCAGCUGUUAGCCCUUCCUAUUACUUUGAUGACUUCUCCACAUUUGAAGAAUCACUCAUCAAAGAAGAAGAAGAUGCAACCGUUGCUGCCAACAAGCAGGAGGAGGAGAGGUCAUACAGAGGAGUGAGGAAGAGGCCGUGGGGGAAAUACGCAGCCGAGAUAAGAGACUCAACGAGGAAAGGGAUAAGAGUGUGGCUCGGUACGUUCGACACUGCUGAAGAGGCAGCUCUCGCUUAUGAUCAGGCGGCUUUCGCUUUGAAAGGCGACCUCGCAGUACUCAACUUCCCCGUUGAAGUUGUUAAGGAGUCUCUCUGGAACAUGGAGAAUGUGAAUUUCAACGACGGAGAGUCUCCGGUGAUAGCUUUGAAGAGAAAACACUCCAUGAGAAACAGGCCUAGAGGAAAGAAGAAGUCUUCUCCUUCUUCUUCUUCUUCUUUCUUGUCGUCGACGUCUUCUUCUUCGUCUUACUCUUCUUCUUCUUCCGCUUACUCUUCUUCUUUGUCGUCAAGAAAUAGAGAACAAAGUGUUGUUACGAAUCAAGAAACAGAGGUUGUGGUUUUUGAGGAUUUGGGUGCUGAAUACUUAGAAGAGCUUAUGAGAUUAUGUUCAUGAUCAUCACUACUUCCACUAUUUCAUGAAAUUUUAGUGAGCUCUGUUUGUUUUUUUAAAUAUAGUUUAUUGUUGUUCAAUGAAAGUUUUGGAAGAGAUGUGUUGGCGAUGUUGGAAGUGUAUCGACAGUUUGUAAAUCACUCUACCUUAAUGUUUAUAAUUUCUUAAUAUAUUUUAAUGUGUAGUUAUUAGCUAUAUAAUAUUUAUAUUUAAUCAAUUUUUUUUACAAAUAUUAAAUGUUAUAAGGUAAACAUACCAUAUAUAAUGACAAUAAUAUUGGAUAACAAUAAAUUAUGCCAUUUAUAAAGUAAACAUUUAUAUGGUAUAUUGGAUAACAAUAAACUAUAUUAAACUAUGUUACAAAGUAAAUAUAGUACAUGUGUGAAUGUUUUUUUUGAUAUUAAAUCAUAGUUGAAACAAUCAACCCUUAAAUCUUUAUUUUGAAGGUUUUGCUUCCAUUAGAAUAAAAUGUAUGGUUAGAGAUGUUCUAACAAAUUUAGUGUCGUUAUUUUAAAGAAAUUAUCAUCAAUCUUAUCAAAGUGCAUUUCUAAGUUGAUCAAACGGAAAUAAAUUUAAACAUUGUUUUAAAUGUAUCUAGGUUUAGUAAAAUAAACCUGCAAAGAAUUUUUAGCAAAAAAAAAACAACAACAAUUCUUACCAA